GUACCUUAGUAACUAUUCCGGAUGGGGGAGGAUGGGAGCGAAAAUGAGGAGGAGAAGGAAACCUGUUUGCUAACUGAAAUUCCUGCAUUUAAUGAAAGUCUCUGCUUCUGUAUCUCAUAAGGUCUCUAAGGGAACUAGAUUCCAUUUCAGAACAGUUGCUGUGUUUCUAGCCCAAAGCACCUACUGACAUUAUUAAAAUAUAAUAGCACAGCAGUAUCCCCCUCUCUUUAUUCUUGCUAGCACAAUGCAUUUGAAAGCAGUAAGCUGGCCAGAUGUGGUGGCUCACGCCUGUAAUCCCAACACUUUGGGAGGCCAAGGCAGGCAGAUCACAAGGUCAGGAAAUCAAGACCAUACUGGCCAACAUGGUGAAACCCUGUCUUUACGAAAAAUACAAAAAACUUAGCCCGGCACGGUGCACGUGCUUGUAGUCCCAGCUACUCAGGAGGCUGAGGCAGGGGAAUCACUUGAACCUGGGUGGCAGAGGAUGCCAUGAGCCAAGAUCGUGCCACUGCACUGCAGCCUGGGUGACAGAGCAAGACUCUUGUCUCAAGGAAAAAAAAAAAGGAAAGCAAGCAGAAAGCCAAAUGUGGAGAGCCUCUGUUUGAAAAUAGGUCUUGAGAUAGGUGCUUUAAAAUUCUGUUUGAUUUUCCAUUUGUUACAUUCUCUGUAACUGGGGAAGAAAAAAUAUUUACCACCCAUAUUUAUUAGAACCCAUCUCCUAGCCUGCCUCAUCUCUGACCCUCCCCUGUGGUAUUUAGCCAGGCAUCUGCUAUGGUCCUGGCACCAGGCAGUCAGUGAUGAGUGACCCAGCUCCUUCCCUCCACAUGUUCACCACAGAAUACACCUAAGGAGGCAACUCAUGCUUUUUCAGACUUGAGCCCCUGCCAAAGGACCUGGUGCUGAAAGUCAUUUAUAAUUGUAAUUUCUAAUAACGUUUUGUUUUGUUUUGUUUUGUUUUUGAGACAGAGUCUCACUCUGUCACCAGGCUGGAGUACAACGGCACAGUCUUGGUUCACUGCAACCUCUGCCUCGUAGGUUCAAGCGUUUCUCCUGCCUCAGCCUCCAGAGUAGCUGGGAUUACAGGCGAGCGCCACCAUGCCCGGCUAAAUUUUGUAUUUUAGUAGAGACAGGGUUUCACUAUGUUGGCCAGGAUGGUCUCUAUCUCCUGACCUUGUGAUCCACCCACCUCGGCCUCCCAAAGUGCUGGGAUUACAGACGUGAGCCACCACACUCGGCCUAUAAUAACGUUUUAAGUAAAACUCAAGGUCUGGCUUUUAGAAGACAUAACUUAAAAACAGAUUCGAGAAGCAUAAUUUCAAUAAAGGAUGCCAAUAAUUCUUGUUUAUCAAGGCAAGCAGGACAUAAGUGUGAUAGACAUUUGAUUGUGAAUCCUUGUAACUGUCUUGUACAAGACACACAGCCAGUGAAGGUGGUUACAUCCAGAAUCCUGGCUUUGUCUCUCUCUAACCUGAGGCCAUGCUCUUCACAGCUCUUGUGUAUUGAAUAGGUCAGCUUUACAACCAUAAAGGAAACCACAAGUUUAGCCAAGUAAAGAAAGACAUUUGCAAAGUCAUGGCAGGGUGUCUAUCAUGCCUUUGCAGUCUGUGUGCUAUCACCCUUCACCACUGGGUUUCUUUCGGCUGGUGGUGUAAUGUGUUGGCUUCCUAGGGGCUGUAUGGAAAUCUAUGGCAAAACAAAACUCUUUUCUUUCCUUCUGAAAAAAAAAAAUACGAUCUGAAGCUAAUUUAUCAUCACCAGGUAACCCUUCAGUGUUACUGUAGACAGAAUUGAAAGAAUAACUUCUGCCUUUGAAGAAGGCUGCAGGAUGAGAAUGAAAUGGAGGAUAGAGGACAAGGUGAAGGUGAAAUCUUUCAGCAUAGAAGUGCAGCCAGCCAUCAUGUCAGCCCCUACACACUGGUGAUGUUCCCCAGCCUGUGGGAGGCAGAUGAGAUUGAAACCAGGCCAUGCAUGAGUGAUCUGGAGGCCACAGGUAACAGUCACGCAGAGCAGAGAGCGCUAGAUGACGUGGAGCUUGGGAGCACGGGCAGUUGAAUGAGGGAGUAAGAAGCAUUCUGGAAGCUGUAAUGGGGAGCUAGGAGAAUGGCAGAGUGAUUGUGAUGGAGUCCUUCCAAAUGCCAGCAGAGCCCACGCUGUGGCCACUGACUUAGAUGGAAGUCAUGUUUACUGGGAGAGAAGAGGUUAAGGAACACCCAGGUGGACAAUGAGCUCCUCCGUAAUGAAGACAGGUUCUUGAUCAAGUGCCAGCUCUAUGGAUCCAGGACAGAGCAAGCAAAGAAGAUGUAUCGAUUGAAGAGCCGUCUGACUGUGUGCUUUCUACCUUCUGUGCCCUUCUUAAUCCUCGUGGCCACUCUAGCCACUUCGAAGAGUGUGGCUAACAGCACUUUAAAUGGCACUAAUGUGGUCUUGGGCUCUGUGCCUGUAAUCAUUGCCAGAACUGACCAUAUCAUAGUCAAGGAAGGGAACAGUGCCUUGAUUAACUGUAGUGUGCAUGGUAUCCCUGACCCACAGUUCAAGUGGUAUAAUUCCAUUGGCAAGCUGCUGAAAGAAGAAGAGGAUGAGAAGGAGAGAGGAGGAGAAAAAUGGCAAAUGCACGACAGCGGCCUCCUGAACAUCACGAAGGUAUCCUUCUCAGACCGAGGUAAAUAUACAUGUGUGGCUUCAAACAUCUAUGGCACAGUGAACAACACGGUGACCCUGCGCGUCAUCUUCACCUCCGGAGACAUGGGCGUCUACUACAUGGUUGUAUGUCUGGUGGCCUUCACCAUCGUCAUGGUCCUCAACAUCACCCGCCUGUGCAUGAUGAGCAGCCACCUGAAGAAGACUGAGAAGGCCAUCAAUGAGUUCUUUAGGACAGAAGGUGCAGAGAAGCUGCAGAAGGCCUUUGAGAUCGCCAAGCGCAUCCCCAUCAUCACUUCCGCCAAAACUCUCGAGCUUGCCAAAGUCACCCAGUUCAAAACCAUGGAGUUCGCCCGCUACAUCGAAGAGCUUGCGAGGAGUGUGCCUCUGCCACCUCUCAUCAUGAACUGCAGGACAAUCAUGGAGGAGAUUAUGGAGGUAGUUGGGCUGGAGGAGCAGGGGCAGAAUUUUGUGAGGCAUACUCCAGAGGGCCAGGAGGCCGCAGACAGGGAUGAGGUCUACACAAUCCCCAACUCUCUGAAGCGGAGCGACUCCCCCGCUGCCGACUCGGACGCCUCCUCGCUGCACGAGCAACCUCAGCAAAUUGCCAUCAAGGUGUCAGUUCACCCGCAGUCCAAAAAAGAGCAUGCAGACGACCAAGAGGGUAGACAGUUUGAAGUCAAAGAUGUAGAGGAGACAGAACUGUCGGCUGAACAUUCCCCCGAAACUGCAGAGCCUUCUACCGAUGUCACGUCCACUGAGCUAACAUCGGAAGAGCCCACACCUGUUGAGGUAUCAGAUAAGGGACUGCCGCCAGCUUACCUGGAAGCCACAGAGCCUGCAGUGACACAUGACAAAAACACCUGCAUUAUUUAUGAAAGCCAUGUCUAAUACCAACCCCGAAAAGCUAUGCAUAUCCAGAAAAUCAGGGGCUGCUCCUUGUAAUACAGAUGUAGUACGCACUUGCCGCUAAGCCUUACCAGGAGACUCUCAUCCCUUAGCUAGGAGUGAGGCCACUUUGAAAGGGGAAGCACCUGCCUGCUAUGAAUGGGACUGGCAUUUCCCCAGUAGAAAAGGAUGCAAGAAACAUCAGGGUGCAGAACUGAGAUCAGACAGAAGGUGCCUGUCUGUGUGAUAGUUUCAGAGGCUGAUCUCUGCCAAAUACCUUAAUUGGUGAUGCCUUCUUGGCAAAGAGUCCACCACUGUAAGAUAUUCUGAGUUCAAGAACCCUGUCCAAUGCACACUGCAUUGCUUUUCCUUUUAACAAGUAUAGGUCUGCUACAAUAGCAAAUGCACGUACGUGGGUUUUUUGCACUUUCUUCUCAGUUUUAUUUACUUUGGCUGUUCCUUUUUAAUGGAGUCCCUGUGAUUGAUUCUAAUUGCUCUUUCUGGGUUAGUCCUCGUUGCCAUGUUUGUCCUUAUUUUUCCCUAGAACACGUACCUCAGAGACUUUGGUGUCAGUCACCAGUACCAGGGCUGAUAUCUACAAGUCACAUUAUAUUUGUCAUGUUCCAAAGUAGUUACGAGGGGUUUUUUUUUUUCGUUCCCCAGGCCUAUUUUUAUAGAUUGCUUUUUUUGUUCAUUUCUAAUGAAGCUGCUGUUGUGAAACUGAGAAAAACUUUGCCCCGGAAUAGCACUUUAAUAGUCAAAAACUGUGUCUACCUGUCUGAUUCAGAGAGCCUUUUGGUGAGCUCAGCUGAGCUGUGGAGGGAAACAGGAAAAGGUUAAAUAUACCCACACCACCCAUGAAAAUCACCAUUUAAGUUACAUCAUCCUCCACACAAAGACUGAUUCUUUACCUGGAAAAUGUAUUGCUUCCAAAGACAGAGGAGCCGAUGAAUUCCCGUGGGUUGUAGAAUACCGGGUUCCAAACAGGCUUGCAGGGCCUCGUGCUGGUGCGUGACUCGGACACUUGCUUUUGCAGUCCUAGAACCAGCUCCGCCUUUGUGAGCUGCAUAGCUGACUUGGCUGUCCUUAAAGGGGAGAGGGAAAGGUUCGGGUAAUAGCAAAGGGAACUGUGCCAUCAAGUUUCACGCCAAAAUCAUUCAAUACUUAUUCAGUCCUGCAAGAGAGUAGUUAUAUGUGAGGUGCAUGAUGUUAUGGAAAGAAGAAAACUUUAGUCAGUCAAAGGCUUAAUACCUUCCCCAACUGUGCCAAUAUCCAGCUGCCUGGCUUUGGGCAAGUCUGGGCUUCAGGUCCCUUAUCUGUAGAAGGGGCCGAGGAGAUGAACUCUGAGCACCAUUGAAAUGGUCUCACUCUGUUACAGAACCAAGCUAAUCCUCGCUCCUUUUCACAAUCACGUUGAAGACUUUUGCUUUGAUCUCUCGGUCCACCUAAUAUUUUCACGCUUUAUUACUUAAAUGAGAUUGUUGGUUUUGAGAAAUUGUAGCAUUUUAAACAAAUUGUGGAUCUUCUCCUUCCAAAAAAGUCAUUAGGACCACAUCUGCAAUUGAGAAUUAAUGUUGGUGAGAAUGAGUCAUGUUAUUUCAUUUUUUCUGAUAUGCAAAGGAGACCGUAACCUUAAACUCAUAAGGGCCUUAGCAAGCCACAUCAAGUGGUGGGGUUAUGAUGUCUAAGAUUGCAUGGGCCACACUGGUGUGAGAGCAGACCCAGAUGUUUACUCCUCACCCUGUUGCCGUCUGGACAACUCCCUUCUCUGGGGUUUAAUCUUUUUCAUCUGUAAAUAUGCAGGUAGCACUCAAGAGUCUACAGGAUCCCUUCUAGUUCAAACAUGUAUAGUUUUACAGAAAGUUUGCAAUCUUCCAGGAUAACCAACCCCCACUGCAUGAGAGAAGCAAAAAUGGGUCCAUGAAGUUGGAUGCUUUUGCCAUCCCGGCUUUACAACAAACCUAAUCUGGCUCUGUAAUGGAGGGAAGUGGGCUUGGCUUUAAACCUAGCCUUGAUUUGUUGAUUUAUAUAUUAACUGUUGUGGAAGCCGAUAGGACCUAGUCAUGGAGUUUGAUCAGGCAUCUCUUGGAAAGGACUGAAUUGUUGACUUCUAGAUAGAAGUGCUUUGGGUGGUCACAUAAAGAAAUGAGUAGGAAGAAAUUCGGAGAAAUCAUGACUCCUGUUCGGGCUCUCUGGACUAGCAUUGUAUGUUUAGGGGUUGCAGAAAAGAGCUCCAGCUCUUAGAAUAUAAAAAUUUUCCAAUUGUCAUGAAGGUCCACAGAUUCUUUACCAUGGGUUUAUGUGCCCAAAGCAAUCACAGAGGACUCGAGUUCAUUUUGUGAUAUGGUAUGAAUGUUACUCCGUUCUAUUCAGUUCUCAUUCCACCCAAACUCAUGUGCAGGUUUCCACAUGGAAGCAACAGGAGAAGGCAUCCAUUCCACCUAGACAUUGAAUAGUGAUAAGAAGCUGAAAGUGGGCAGAUUUUUAGUGGAGCAAGAGCAGACAGACGCAGCCAAAGAAUGUUUCCCAAUUGGUUUUGCUGAUUUAGACUGCAGUGGGGAGAGAGUAUAUAGAUUUUCAAAACUUUCUCCCUCUUUAAGGCAUCAGAAUGCUCUCGAUUUUGAUAAUAGCCGACAUAAAGGGAGGUUGACUGAAAACAGGAAUUUUUCUUUCCAAAAAUGCUACACUCUUCCUAUCUAUCUCGCAGCUUCUUUAUGAAAUAAGCGAGGCCCUCUUGCUAGAAUAUGAAAUGCAGAAGACCUCGUGACUUUUAGCUGAUUUUUCAAAGAUAAAGUGAACUGUUCAGCUUCAUAGAAAUUCAUGUAUGUGACUGAAUGUGUGUGUGUACACACUCGUGCACAUUGGACUCAUUUGGGCAGUUUUAAAAGCUUGACACUUAAAUCCAAAGCCUCAUCCUUUGGGUCUGAUGUAGUCAUUCUUAAAAUCCAUUUCUGGCUUCUGAGUCAUCCUGGUCAUAUCUCUAGCAAUGUUUUUCUUGAAAUUCUGAAAAUGAUUCGCAUAUGUGUAUAUUUAAUUCACUUAGAUGAUCUGUAACUUGGAUGGUAUUUAUUCUAAAUGGGAAAACCAAUUUUAUAUGCAAAAUCUAUGUAAUUUAUAUGGUUUUGUUUUAUAUAUUAUAUUUUCAUAUCUUUAGGGCACAUCUAUCCUCAUCUUUUUGUAUACCAUACUUAGCAAAAAGAAAUACUAAUACUUGACUAAAAUCUCUAGGAACCAAAUGUGAUACAUGUGAUAUAUAACAUACAGAAAUCACUCUAACAAUCUCUGAAUGUCUUAUCCAUCCCAGCAUUACUGUGCCGUGUCAUUAUGUCCAGAAUGAUUUGUCUUGGAUGCUUAUGAGCAUUCCUUUUUCACUACUAAGGCUGAAAGACCUGACAUCUCACGCAGUGGGGUUCUGGAAUUCCCUUUCCCCCUUUAUCUGUUUUCAGUGUUUGUUUCAUUUUUAAUUGCACAAGUCUCUGUUGUCUAACCUUUGUUCAGAAGGGCAAAUAUGAGAUAACAAGAAAGCAAUGUGUUAGACUGGAUGAAUUUAUGGCUGUGUAAGUUACUUUAACAAUUGACAAGAUGUUUUAAGUCUAAUGCUUGGAUCUUUACUUACUGGUGAUCUAGGAUCACUCAGCUCUUUAGCACAUGAAGAAAAUGUCAGGUACAAGGGACAUUUACAUGUUUUGAACAGCACGCUCUGAGCCCAGUGCGGUUAACACAAAUUGGCUUGACUGUAGAAACGCCGCUUCCAGCUGCUGGAAGAAAUGGUUUAGAAAGGCAAACCAGAUACCUUUUUAUUCUGCCCUAGGAAAUACAGUGUUGAUCAGUGCUAAAACUCUUUAAGUGGCGCUCCCUAUGGUUCUUUUAACUGGGGAUUUCCUUUCAGUGUUUCCUCUGGUACCAACAUGGAGCAUUUACCUUGUAGUUCAGAUACUGUGUUUCCCAGCGUUGUUCAGAUACUUUGCUUUACCUCUGUUCGCAUAUCCUUUUGGCAGUCACUUCAGUAAUUCUGUAAGUGUUUCUAUUCUUGGUUUUUAAAUCAAGUUACUAGUACUCUUUAAAUACCUACCAAGUCUCAUUGUAUAUUCACAUUCAUAUUUUGAGCAUCACGAUUUUGGUCAUUUAAAAAAAAGCCUUCAGUAGAUAACACAGUUUAUUUUCCUAAUGAUUUUUUUGGGGUUCCUCACUGAUCAACCAGGUUUGGGUUAACGAAUCAAUUGCGGGGGGUGGAAUCAAAUAAAACAAUAGCUUAUUGCAUUUUCCAAAAGAUUUUGGAAAAUGCAUUUAUCUUUUAUCUUUUCUUCAAGAAGAUAUCAUAGGAUGAUAAUCUUUAACAGAUUUUUUAGAGAUGGAAUUUAUAAAGAGUUAAUACUAAGAAUACCACAAUCAAAAUUGAAGCUAGAGAAUGUAAAAAUAGGAAGUAAAUAGUUCUAAGAAUAUUCUGGCAUAAAUUAUUUUUAUUUAGCCGUUAAUAGAAACCUCCAAAUGUAUAUCUCAGACACCAUAGAGCUGCUAACAGUGAGAGUCAAGAAGAUGCUUUAGAUUUUGUUUGUUGUAUUUCAGUAGUUCUGGAUGUCCUUUGUUAAAAUUGGAAAAUGGAACAAUGUCUUUAGACAGAAAUGUCCAUCUGGUGAUUCUGUGAACUAUAAAAUGUUCACUUUUUAAAAAUAAAGAUGUAAACAAAUGAUUCAUAUAUAAGUUGAUAUAACAGUAGCAAAAACAAAACCAUGUGAUCCAUCCUGUAUUUUGAUUGAUGCUUUAAUAAAGGGUUUGCACAGGUGUGUGGAAUGUG